UACAUAGAGCCGGUUUAGUGUCGUCAAUGGGAAGCACACGAGACGGUGGCAAAGCGAGUUACGGUCUAGAUUGAAAUCCGCGGCUGCACCAUGCUCUCCAGGUCCAUCCCGUGUCUGUGGAUUACAUUUUGCCUUCAUUUAUGCUGUUAUGUAUACAGCGGAGAAGCACAGAAUGCGAAGGAAGUGAUUCUGCUGGACUCCAAGGCACAGCAGACAGAACUGGAGUGGAUCUCCUAUCCUCCCAAUGGGUGGGAAGAGAUCAGCGGCUUGGAUGAGAACUACACACCCAUUCGCACAUACCAGGUUUGCCAAGUCAUGGAGCCCAAUCAGAAUAACUGGCUUCGGACUAACUGGAUAGAGAAGGGCAAUGCCCAGAGAAUUUUUGUGGAACUGAAGUUCACCUUGAGGGAUUGUAACAGCCUACCUGGAGUGGUGGGCACAUGCAAGGAGACGUUCAACCUGUAUUACCAGGAAACGGAUUCUGAGGUGGGCAGGAGCUUACGGGAGAACCAGUAUGUGAAAAUUGACACGAUCGCCGCAGAUGAAAGCUUCACCCAGGGCGACCUGGGUGAGAGGAAGAUGAAGCUGAAUACAGAAGUGCGCAUAAUUGGCCCCCUGUCAAGGCGGGGUUUCUACCUGGCCUUCCAGGAUGUCGGGGCGUGUAUCGCCCUGGUGUCGGUCAAAGUUUAUUACAAGAAGUGUUGGUCUAUCAUCGAGAACCUGGCCACGUUCCCCGACACGGUGACGGGAUCGGAGUUCUCCUCACUGGUGGAGGUCGAGGGCAUGUGCGUGAGCGACGCCGAGGAGGAGGCCGACAACUCCCCAAAGAUGCACUGCAGCGCUGAAGGGGAAUGGCUUGUGCCGAUUGGGAAAUGUAUAUGCAAAGCUGGAUUUCACCAGAAAGGAGAUGCAUGUGAACCGUGCGGUCGUGGCUUCUACAAGUCUUCCUCCCAGGAUCUUCAGUGCUCUCGCUGUCCGGCACACAGCUUCAACGACCGCGAGGGCUCCUGGCGCUGUGACUGCGAGGACGGCUACUACCGAGCCAUCUCUGACCCUCCGUCUGUGGCCUGCACGAGACCUCCCUCCGCGCCACAGAACCUGGUCUACAACAUCAACCAGACCACCGUUAGCCUGGAGUGGAGCCCGCCGGCCGACACAGGCGGUCGCAACGACGUCACCUACAGGGUUAUAUGCCGGCGCUGCAGCUGGGAACCCGAGGAGUGUGUUCCGUGUGGGCCGAAUGUGGGAUAUUCUCCCGCGCAGUCAGGAUUAGUGGACACGUAUGUGACCAUAAUGGACCUGCUCGCCCACGCCAACUACACUUUUGAGGUUGAGGCUGUCAACGGGGUGUCAGACCUGAGCCGCACCCAGAGGCUGUUUGCGGCGGUUAGCAUCGCUACUGGUCAAGCAGCGACCUCCCUGAAACGAGCCCGCACCUCAAAGCUCCGUCUCCCCACGCCACCUCACAUCCUGCACACACAUGCCGGCCUGCUGUGGAUUGUCACUAUAAUUACAAUUGCCAGAAAAAGUCAACAAAUGUUCUUAUUUGGCAGCCCGGGACGCUCAUUACAAACAACUGGGCCCCGUGUUUCUGAUGUGAACGGUUAA